UCUCUGUUGUUGUCGUCUUCAAUUUUUCCAAAAGAAGAAAGGGAUUAGGAGAAAAUGGUGAGAACGAAAACCCAGAUGAAGAGAAUAGAAAAUGCAGCAAGCAGGCAAGUAACCUUCUCAAAGCGAAGAAAUGGACUGCUUAAAAAGGCCUUUGAGUUGUCCGUUCUCUGCGAUGCUGAAGUUGCACUCAUCAUCUUCUCCCCCAGAGGGAAAUUAUACGAGUUUUCUAGCUCCGGUGUGAACAAAACCAUAGAACGAUAUCAAAAGACUGAGAAGUUUGUCUAUGGAAUCAGCAGCAAAGCAGUAGACGAAAAUAUGCAGAAUGUAAAGGAAGACGCUCAAAGCAUGGCAAGGAAGAUUGAAUUACUGGAAGAUUCUAAAAGAAAAAUGUUGGGACAUGGACUAGAACCAUGUUCUGUUGAUGAUCUGCAACAGUUACAAAACCAGUUGGAACGAAGCUUAUGCAGAAUUAGGGCAAGAAAGAAUCAGGUAUUCCUGAAGCAGAUUGACAAGUUAAAGGAAGAGGAGAGACGCCUUGGGGAAGAAAAUGCAAAUCUGCGUGAAAAGUGUGAGAUGCGACAACGAGAAUCAUCGUCAACAGGCCUGUCAGGUGAGCUCCAAAAUCAGAACAUGGAGGUGGAGACAGAAUUGUGUAUAGGACUCCCGGAGAGAAGAAAUAUCCAAAAACCCUAGUAUUAAAAGCUCUAUGGGUGAUUAUUCAAUUUAAAUGAAGCUUCGACUU